AUGAAGAUUGUCUUUGUCAUCUUCUUUUGCUCCUUCCUCCAAACUUGUAUCUCCAAUGAUACCAUCAUGAGAAGACAGUCACUGAGAGAUGGUGAAGUCUUACUUUCUGAAGGGGAGAGGUUCGCCUUUGGAUUCUUCAGCCUUGGAGUUUCAAAUCUCCGGUAUGUUGGGAUUUGGUAUGCUCAAAUCUCUGAACAAACCGUUGUAUGGGUUGCAAACCGAGACCGUCCUAUUAAUGACACAUCUGGUCUGAUAAAGUUCAGCAGCAGGGGGAAUCUCUGCAUCUAUGCAUCAGUCAACACAACAGAGCCUCUCUGGUCGACCAAUGUUUCCGACAGUAUCUCGGAACCAACUCUAGUUGCGAGACUCUCUAAUACAGGGAACCUUGUUCUCCUUGAUACACUCACAGGGAGAGGUUACUGGGAGAGCUUUGAUCAUCCUACAGACACUUUUCUUCCCUUUAUGAAACUUGGUUUCACACGAAAAGACGGUUUGGAUCGGGUUCUGACAUCAUGGAGAUCUCCAAACGACCCUGGCUCCGGAAACCGUACUCUACGGAUGGACCGUAGAGGGUUUCCGGAGCUGAUUCUACACAAAGGUACGAUCCAAUGGUGGCGCACCGGGCCGUGGAUCGGGCUGAGGUGGAGCGGCGUGCCCGAAAUGAACAGAGGAUACAUCUUCAACAACUCGUUUGUGAAUAACCAAGACGAGGUAUCGUUCACUUACGGGGUAACGGAUGCUUCGGUGAUAACGAGGUUGUUAGUGAACGAGAGAGGAACCAUACAACGGUUCACAUGGAUCGCUAGGGAUAACAGAUGGAACGAGUUCUGGUCGGUUCCUAAAGAGGAAUGCGACUACUACGCACACUGUGGGGUUAACGGUUUCUGCGAUCCCAUUAGCUCAGAGACGUUCGAGUGCACGUGCUUACCUGGCUUCGAGCCCAAGAUUACUCGUCACUGGUUCUUGAGGGACUACACGGGAGGUUGUUCGAGGAAGAAUCAAACUUCGCUGUGCCGUGAGAAAGACGGGUUUGUGAAGUUAACGCACGCGAAGAUUCCCGACACGGAAAAUGCAAGUGUUGAUAUGAACUUGACGUUGAAGGAGUGCAAACAGAGGUGCUUAGGUAACUGCUCUUGCGUCGGUUACGCAAGCGCUUACCACGACGGUGUGGGAGGAGAAAGAGGGUGCUUGACGUGGCACGGUGAUAUGUUGGAUACGAGGACUUACUUGAACUCUGGACAAGAUUUCUACAUACGUGUUGACAAGGAAGAGUUAGCGAGGUGGGACAGUAAUGGCUCAUCAAGGAAGACGAGAGUUGUUCUGGUUCUCAUCAGUUUGUCUGCAGCCGUGAUGCUACUAAUGGUCAUUGUGUUCUGUUUUGUAAGGAAGCGGCGAAAGUUAAACAGUCUUAGAAGAUCUUCAACAACCUUCUCCAUGGUUUCUUUUGAUUUUGAAGACUCACUCAAAUUUGAAGAUGACAGGGAGUUACCUCUUUUUGAUCUUCACACGAUCGCGGCAGCCACUGAUAACUUCUCUUCCCAUAACAAGCUUGGAGCUGGUGGUUUCGGACCUGUUUAUAAGGGCGUGUUACAAAAUGGUAUGGAGGUAGCAGUGAAGCGGUUGUCGAAAAACUCAGGCCAAGGAAUGGAAGAGUUCAAGAACGAGGUCAAGUUGAUAUCAAAGCUGCAGCAUCGAAACCUCGUGAGGAUAUUAGGAUGUUGCGUGGAGCUGGAAGAGAAGAUGUUGAUAUACGAGUACUUACCAAACAAGAGUCUAGACUGUUUCAUAUUCGAUGAAGAGCAAAGAGCGGCGUUGGAUUGGCCAGUACGGAAAGGAAUAAUCAGAGGAAUUGCUCGUGGAACCAUGUAUCUACAUCAAGAUUCAAGACUGAGGAUCAUCCACAGAGACCUCAAGGCCAGCAAUAUACUUCUUGACAACGAAAUGAUCCCCAAGAUUUCGGACUUCGGCAUGGCUAGAAUCUUUGGAGGCAACCAAAUCGAAGGAUGCACUAACCGGGUCGUUGGAACAAUUGGAUAUAUGUCACCUGAGUAUGCAAUGGAGGGUCACUUCUCUGUAAAAUCUGAUGUCUACAGCUUUGGAGUAUUGAUGUUAGAGAUCAUUAGCGGAAAGAAAAACAGUUCUUUCCAUAAGGAUUCAUCUAACCUUGUCGGACACAUUUGGGAUCUAUGGGAAAAAGGUGAAGCAAAAGACAUCAUAGACAAUUUAAUGGACCAAGAGAGUUAUAGUGAGAGCGAAGUGGUGAAGUGCAUACACAUUGGGUUGCUUUGCGUGCAAGAAAACGCUUCGGACAGAGUAGAUAUGUCCUCUGUUCUCAUCAUGUUGGGUCAAAACGCUAUUGAUCUUCCAAAUCCUAAGCUUCCUGCGUUUACUGCAGUGAGAAGGAGAGGCCGCGAAAACGUUGCUUUGGUCAUUGCAGAACCUGGUAGUUCUGUUAAUGACAUCACCUUCACCGAUGUUCAAGGUCGUUAGAUUUCUUACAAAAAGAGGAAGUUUCUUGGUUUCAUUAGAAUAAAUAUCUGCAGAAGAGUCAAAGAUGUUAUUGUUAUAAAUCCA